GCGGGGCAGGCGCGCAAGGCAGGCGCGUGCUGGGAGCGCAGGCGGGCGCGCGCGAGGAUCGGGCUGUCGCUGGUUGGCCUACGGAGUUGGUUGGCCUACAGCGAUGGUUGGCCUGCGGAGCUAGGCAGAGUGAGGUUCGAAUCUGCCAGCGACGGGAAGGCUCGGGGACGUGCUGGAAGGCGCGGGAAGGUUCCAGAAUCAUCGGGGGCGCGCGAGAAGGUGCCAGGAGGGUCUGGUUGGCCAACGAAAAUUCCAGGGGAGUCUGGUUGGCCUACGAAAAUUCCAGAAGGCACCAGAACGGGCCAGUGGCGCCCAGAACAGGCUGGAACAGCCCAGAAGCUUCCAGAAAUCUGCAGGGGCAGCAGAUUUCUCACCAGCAGCAGGGGGUCCACGAGCUGGUUGGCCAGCAGAAUCCAGAAGCUUCCCAGGGGUGUGAAAUUACCAUUUAGUCCCUGAAACUUCUGGAAGGCAAAUUCUGGCCACACAUUUGGGAGGGCUUUUCCACCACAAAUUGAGGAGGUGGACAGCCUAUAAAUAGGGGUGCUGGGGCAUUUGUUCAGCACCAUACCAAGAGCUUUGAGAGCCAUCAUUGAGAGCUAUUUGAGAGCACUCUCUUGUACACAAGUGAGGCAAUCUUGUGUGAGAGUUUGAGAGCACUUGUGCAUAGCUUGAGGUUGUACUCCCACAACAUAUUUAAUAGAGUGUUUUGGCUAUUGUUUGCCAACUCUUUGGCUUGUUCUUUCUAAGCUUCCGCUACACACAUCUCUAUUGCCUAAGUUGGCAUAUUUGGGUAAGGCUGACUAGUAUUCUCAAGCUUGGGGUGAGUUUACUAGUGCCGCACGGGUGCUUUAAGUGGGGUGAAGCAUUGUGCCCGUGACAGUUGGUAUCAGAGCUAGUUGAGCCUGAUUCAGCCUAUUCCUGCUACAAGCUUCUCUUGGGGAAGUGAAGUCUGUAUCAUAGCCGCGUUGGGAAAACACUCUUAGUUGGGUGAAGUGGGAAUCAUCUCCACCGAAGUGAGGGGUCUUUGGUGAAGAUAAGCAAGCUAUUUGGAUAGCGUUCUUGCCGAAGGGUCGUGCUAGCGAGUUCGUGCAAGCGGGGGAAAGCGCUAUUCGUUGUACAAGUGUCAAGAAUGUCUGGCAGCAGUGGUAUGGAGACCACCACCGGUUCGCAACCCUCAAGGGAAGGGAGGGGUCGUAGGGAGAAGUCCCGAGAUAUACUUGCCGCAUUGGAGGAAAGGCUGGCAAGGGUGGAAGCCGCUAUGUCCGAGCAUAGGGGGAAGUGUGAGGACAUGGACCUUCGCAUUUCUGAGCUCGAGUCCAAGGGGGACGUGGAUGAGCUAAGGGAUGAAAUGCAAGGAGCCUUAAAUGUGGCGGUGGACUUGGUGUCCAAGAGGGGGGACAAGUUGGAGGAAACCCUACGUCGUUUGCGUGAGAAGGUGGACCAGCUCGAUGUGGAGCUAGGCUUGUGCAAGACCGCGGUGGCGAGCGGUAGGGCCAUAUAUAUAUAUUUAUAUAUUAAUUUCUUUUUCUACCAUAAUAAAGACAAGAGCAUCUCUUUCUUCAUCGUCUUUAUUUCAUUUUCAAUGUAAUAAUCUUAAAAUAUUCAAUGUAUCAGUUUCUGGCUUGGUUUUAUGAGCUAUGAUUGCAAAAGGGCAUUCAAAACCCAUAAUUUUUUUUGCAUUUAUAUUUUGGUGAUGUCACAUGAAAAUGGAAUGCAGUGAAGUUAAUGCACAAGGUAGAUGACACGGACAACAAGCUUGGUCUGAUGAAUGGAUCAUAUGGAGGGAUUAGGGCCAGUAAUGUAGAUGUGUAUGCAGCAAGAAAAGAGAUAUACUUGGGCGACAAAUGCCAAGUAGAAGACAAUCCUAGGCCUUGGCAAUUUUGGAUGAUAAUGCUCAAAAGUGGAAACAUGGACACUUUAGCAGCUACAUGCCCAGAAAAUGGCAAGAAAGCUAUGCCUUCCCCACAAGACUCUAGAUUUCCAUGCUUUGGAAAAGGUUGCAUGAACAUGCCCUUCAUAUACCAUAACUAUACAAGUGUCCAAGGUGAUACCUUGAAAGGGAGUUUUUAUGGGACUUGGGAUUUGAAUUCUGAUGUCAGUCAAAAAACUUCUUAUUUCAAUGUCACUUGGGAAAAACAGAUUGGAAAAGGGAGUUGGGUCUUUCACCAUUUCUUGAAGACAUCAUUGAAUUAUCCAUGGUUGAUACUGUACCUGAGAUCAGAUGCCACCACUGGAUUCUCUGGUGGAUAUCAUUAUCCCACUAGAGGGAUGUCAAAAACAGUUCCAAAAUCACCCAAUUUCAAAGUGAGGUUCAGGCUAGAAGUAAAGCAAGGAGGAGGUAAAAACAGCCAAUUCUACCUGAUGGACAUUGGAGGAUGCUGGAAAAACAAUGGAAAGCCCUGCAAUGGAGAUGUGACCACAGACGUUACACGUUACAGUGAAAUGAUUAUAAACCCUGAAACAGAAGCAUGGUGCAAGCCUGAUGAUCUGAGAAUGUGUCCUCCUUAUCACACACUCCCUAAUGGAACCCAAAUCUAUCGUUCCGACAAGAACAAGUUUCCUUACGAUGCUUACCAUAUGUGGUGUGCUCCAGGGAACGCUGACCACCUGGAGGAGCCGUACAGCUUAUGUGAUGCUUAUAGCAAUCCUCAGGCUCAAGAGAUACUGCAGAUUCUUCCUCAUCCUGUGUGGGGCGAAUAUGGCUACCCUACGAAGAAGGGCGAGGGUUGGAUUGGAGAUCCAAGAAGUUGGGAACUCGACGUUGGGAGACUGUCUCAGUCGCUCUACUUGUACCAGGAUCCAGGCACUAAGCCUGUGGAGAGACAUUGGCCUUCAAUUGACUUGGGAACUGAAAUCUACAUUAGCAGUGAUCAAGUUGGAGAAUGGAUCGUUAGUGACUUCGACAUUAUUCUUCCAAGACAACCUAUUUAAUAAAUUUCAGAAUACAAUCUUUAUUUCCCAUUAUUAAAAACCAAAAACAAAAAAAAAAAGUGUAGAAUUUGUUUUUGGGUAAUUGAUUAGAUAUAAAAACAUUCUUUCCAACAAUACAUU